GCGCCCCGGGCAUGGCGGCGGCGGAGCCCGGGAUGAAGCAGUUCAAUGGCGGCGGUGGCGCCGCGCCGGACGCGGAGCGCGGCCGCUUCCCGCACUGCGUGGUGUGGACCCCGAUCCCCGUCCUGACGUGGCUGUUCCCCAUCAUCGGCCACAUGGGCAUCUGCACCUCCGCCGGCGUCAUCCGCGACUUCGCGGGGCCCUACUUCGUCUCUGAAGACAACAUGGCGUUUGGGAAACCUGUGAAGUACUGGAAGCUGGAUCCCAGCAAAGUCUACGCCACCGGUCCCAACGCGUGGGACACGGCCGUGCACGACGCGUCCGAGGAGUACAAACACCGCAUGCACAACCUUUGCUGUGACAACUGCCACUCCCACGUGGCUCUGGCCUUAAACUUGAUGAGAUACGAUAACAGCACCUCCUGGAACAUGGUGAAACUGUGCUUCUUCACACUCCUCUAUGGGAAAUACGUCAGCAUAGGGGGGUUUGUGAAGACCUGGCUGCCCUUUGUCCUCUUCCUGGGGGUGAUUGUGACCGUGGUUCUCACCCUCCACCUGCGGUGAUGGCAGCCCUGAACCCCCCCAAUGCCUGAGCACACAAAGGAAGAAACUGUGACUGAUCCAGCAGGAUGGAGGCCUGGGACUGUGGGAGCCUUUUCCAGGGAAGGUGGCAACCCCACUCCAUCGUGACAGCUCAUCUUUGUCCCCUGGAGCUGGCUUCUUUUCCUCCUGUUUCUGUUCUGUCGAUGGUGUCUCUCGGUGUCAGGGGUCUGGAAGCUUCUGCUCUCUCCCUUUCUGCAGCUGGGGAGGUGGGAACGGGAUCAGGAGAGGAGAGCGGUGGGCACCUUUGCUUUUAGUGCCAAGAAAAGCCUCAAAGCAAACUCUGCCUCCUGCACAAGCAGAUACACCUUGGGAGGGUCUCUCUGAUCGCCUGCUUUCCCUCCUCUCCAUCAGAUGCUUCCUCAGAUUCCCCGGGUCUCCGUUUAGGAGCUGCUCUUUUCCCCGUGGCACACCUCUCCAGCAGCACACAUUCCAGAGGGAAAGCGUGGGGUUCUGCCUGCGAGGAUGGGAGCGAUGGCCCCCAGCAGUGGCAGGAGGGAGCUGAGGUGGGACGCUCCUGAGGGACGCUCCGUGGCAGGGCCAGCUCCCCUGGUGCUGCUGCUGGGCCUGGAAAGGCAGGAAAGCCCCGGGCUGGCUUGGGAAGGGCUCAUGGCAGGGUGCACCCCUUCAGGAGCCUGCUGCAGUGUGGGGAGGCAGCCCUUUAUCCCUUUCAGCUUGUGCCAGAGAAAAUAGGGCUUCCCUGCUUCUCCUUGGGCUCCCGGUUGCUAAAUCUGGCGCUGCAAUCCUCACAGGGCGCUUGUUCUCCCUUUGAUCCCCCUGCUCUGUGUCUCACGGGCGGCAGCUGGGACAAAGAGGCUGAGCCUGGGGCUGGAAAACCUCUGUGGGAGCAGCACCUGAGCCUGGAGCUGAAAAGAGGAGGUGAAGGGCCUGGGAGCUGCCCGUCUGGCUGGGCUUUGCAGCAGCAAACUGGAGCAGUGGAUUUCUCCUGGCUGGUCCCGGGUGGUGGUUGAGGAAUGGUUUAGGGAGCUUUGGAGAGCACCCCUGGGCACAGGAGCUGUGCAGGGGUUGGUGUAGGAGGAGGGUUGUCCUGAGUGCAGGAAGGGAGUUUGGAUGUGACCCAGAACCUCUUCUGCAACUGGGUGGGUGCAGAUUUUGGGGGGCUCUGAGCCAGGGGGAGUUCUAAAAGCAGGCCUGGCCGAAGGGUCUUGUGCAGCUGAGCAGGUCCCUGCUGACUGCAGAGGGGCAGAGGAGCUGUUCCACUCACACCUGGAAAACCAGCUCAUUACUCCGGUACCUGUCGGAUUCCAAGGAAUCCAUUCCCCGAGUGCUUGUGGCCAGCAGGAAAGCUUUUCUGGGGUCCCUGCCACGUCUGCAGCUUCCUCUGACUCUGGAGCCCGCUCACUGUCAGCCUGCUGGUUUUCACACCCCUCCCCUUGUGCCUCUCCCUCUUCCCAGACUCCUCCAGCCAGGUGGGAGGGUUGGACCUUCCUCUUGAGCCCGUUUCUGUCUUUUCCCCUUUUCCUCGGUCACUUUUAAAUCCCCUCCUCUGCCUCCUGCUCAUUUUCGUUCCUGUGUCACCCCACUGUGGCCUUCCCCAUCUACCUGGAGCUGAAACGUCGCCGGGGCUGUUCUCUGCACGCCUUCCCUUCCUGUGCCGAGAGCACGGGAUGGAGGGUGCUGGGCCUGCGGCUGCUUGAACGCCGAAAUCCUCAUCAAAGAGAACCGGGAUGAAAGGACGGAGUGUUCCAGCUCUGUGCUCCGCCCAGGAGCCGCUGCCCAGGGCGAGCCAGCCGGGUGGGAGAGGGGAAUGCUUUCCCUGUGUGUUGAUUCCUUGGAGUGCCCGGCCCCGGGGCUGGAUCCACCCUCAGCAAUAACCUCGAGCCCCCCGGCCCAUCCUGUCCGUGUUUUAUCCACGAGCUCUACAAGAAUUGCCAAAGCUGAGACUUGGGGGUGUCAGGGGGCCCCUGGAGUUCCAAAACCCCGCUGUAAAAUUCCCUCUCGUUUGCUCCUGAUGCUUUUUACCAGAGCGGAGUUUGGAAUGGCGAGGGCGAGCCCCCAUCCCUCAUCCUUUGUUCCCUUCAUCUCUGCGGGGCGCUGGAUUUCUUUGUAAAUAUUUAAACUCUGCUUCUGUGGUUUCAUAAUCCCGACGGCAGGGAAAUAAACUGAUUUCUGUGGAUAUCUCCAA